GGGAACAAUCCAAGUCGUGUGAAAUUCUUUAGUCUCUGGCAAAGUGAAAAAAAUCACAUCUAACUGUUGUCCUUUUAAAUGUAAAACAGCUGCUGCCUACUGGCACUGCCUGGAUGCCUACAUACUUGACCACUUGACGGCAGAAUUCCAGCCUCUAGUUUCCUACAGUUGCAUACACAACAUUAUUAAUGUCUGUUAAUGGCAUUUAAACGUCUGUUUACCAAUGCUGCCGAGAAAAGGAGAGAUUUUGCUUUUGCUAAUGUGUUCUCUGUGAAUUUGGGGUGGCCAGAGUUUUGUUAGUAAACCACUCAACCCAAGUGUUGAUCUCCUCUUUCCCCCAAGCAAAAGGGAAUGAAGUUAACCUGGCAUCGGUUGGCCCAUGGGAUGUCCCUGCAGGUGAUGCUAAGCUACAAGUGUAUUGGACUAGCUUACUGAUAUAAGUAAUUCCUGGAAGCCGUAUCCCUGGGAAUAUGGACACAGAAGAAUGAUAUCCAAGGGCUAUCACAUUAGCCUUUCUAGUGCUGCAGUGACUUCCCUUUCACUGCUGCUGCUUGCAUUCAGUUCUGGGAAUCCCAUCAAAUACCAGAGUGGUACCAAUGGCAGUGUACAGGUUUUAUAGAUUGCAAGCAUCCACACCUCCUCCUCGCUGUGUUCAAGGUACCUGACUUUCCCCAGUUCAAAUCAGCACAAUCUGUGCUUUCUGCAUCUAGGAAACAAGAGCAGAAAGGCACUGAAGCAAACCCAGAAUAAGUCAUCAAAGGAAAAGAGUGUUGUGGCUAAACAGAUUGGAAACUUUGGUGGUCAGGGAUUUCAGCUGCGUCCGUGGCCGCUACAGCUCAGUGUGUUAUAACCAUAGUAUGAAUUUAUUUCAGAUGAGUUUCAGCCUCCCUUUUGCCAACAGGAAAGUGGUAAUCAAUAAUGUUGACUUUUUAUUCUUCUUACUCUUUUCUUAGCAUUAUACAACCACUUGUAACCUUAUUUAUUUAAGCAAUAAGGCCUUUAAGGGACUUUGAUCAGCCUGGCUAAAGUUUCUUCAAAGAUUAACUGACGUUCUUUAAAAGUACAUCAGUUUCCUCUUAAGCAGGUAUUUGCUUACCACGUAACUGGGUGUCGAGUGCUAUGUAGUUAUAAAGUUUGCUGGGCUCAGCUGUAGAUUUCCUUAAGACAUACUGCUGACAUCACUGAGUCUCCUCUUGGACUAUUUUUUUUUCUCUCUCUUUCCCCCUCCCUCCCUCUCCUCCCUCCCUCUCUCCAGUUUCUUUAUUCAGGUAAUUCCAACUCAGACUUAUUCCAACUUGUUUUUGACUGACAGUGUGGGAAGGGAGACUCUCUGAGGGUUGUGUUUUGUUUUGUUUUUUUUUUUUUAAACCAUGCACACAUGCUUUAUUGAAAAGACAUUCAACUUUUUAUAAAAAAGAUUGUUUGACUUGUCAUGACGAUAACAUCUAGUAAGGAAUCUGAACAUUGCUCUUUUACAGCCUGAAUGGUGUGAAAUACACAUGGAGAGCAGCCAAAAAGAGUGGAUACAUUACUAAUUGUGCUGGAGGAAGGAAGAAAAAUGGCAGGACUGAAGCAGUGAGAAUGGAAACCACAAAGAUUAAUAUGUCCCGCGUCCCACUAGUUAACGGAGGCAUUGACACUGCCAUGCUUAAGGCACACAAACCCCGUGUGAUGUCCAAAAGUGGUCACAGCAAUGUGCGGAUAGACAAAGUCGAUGGCAUUUACCUACUCUACCUUCAAGAUUUGUGGACUACAGUUAUAGACAUGAAGUGGAGGUACAAACUCACCUUAUUUGCUGCUACUUUUGUUAUGACCUGGUUCCUCUUUGGAGUUAUCUACUAUGCCAUUGCAUUCCUUCAUGGUGAUUUAGAAAUAAACAAGUUCACCCCAAAGCGUGAGCCAUGUGUCAAGAACGUAGACUCUCUGACUGGGGCAUUCCUCUUCUCCCUGGAGUCACAGACAACCAUUGGCUAUGGAUUUCGUUUCAUUACAGAGGAGUGUCCUCAUGCCAUUUUCUUACUUGUGGCCCAACUGGUCAUCACCACGUUGAUUGAAAUCUUCAUCACAGGUACCUUUCUGGCCAAAAUUGCAAGACCUAAAAAAAGGGCAGAGACUAUUAAAUUCAGCCACUGUGCCGUCAUUACUAAACACAAUGGAGAACUUUGCCUAGUGAUCAGAGUAGCAAAUAUGAGGAAGAGCCUUCUGAUACAGUGUCAGCUGUCUGGGAAGCUUCUUCAAACAUAUGAAACCAAAGAAGGGGAGCGGAUCCUGCUGAAUCAAGCCAGUGUCAAGUUCAAUGUUGACUCCUCUUCAGAGAGUCCAUUUCUCAUUUUGCCUUUAACCUUCUACCAUAUUUUGGAUGAAAGCAGCCCUUUAAGAGAUCUCACACCUCAAAAUCUCAAGGAGAAGGACUUUGAGCUUGUGGUGCUCCUGAACGCCACGGUGGAGUCCACCAGCGCUGUCUGCCAAAGCAGGACUUCCUACAUCCCCGAGGAGAUCCACUGGGGCUACGAGUUCGUGCCUGUGGUUUCUCUCUCUCCAAAUGGAAAGUACGUUGCGGAUUUCAGUCAGUUUGAGAAGAUUAGGAGAAGCACAGAUUCCACUUUUUAUAGUAUGGACUCUGAAAAACAAAAACUAGAGGAGAAAUACAGGCAGGAGGAUCAAAGAGAAAGGGAACUGAGAACGAUGUUGUUGCAGCAGAGCAAUGUUUGACUGAAUGGACAAACUAUUCUGAUUAAUUCUUUUCGCAAACUGAAAAAACAUAAUCUCUGUGCUGUAUGUCUGCUAUGAAACCGGCAGUGAAGUCCUUUUCAGCAAAUAGCUUUGGUGUAUAGUAAACCUAUCCCUUUGUUUGGCUGAGUUGUUAAUCAAGUAUUUUGUAAUUAGGCAGGAUUUCUUUGUUCAUGAUCGUGACUUAGCAGAGUUGGAUUUGUAUUAAGUCUCUGCCUUAUACCACCACUAAAAGCAGACACACCACUUUCCGUUUGGAAAGUGAAACUGGAUGCACUGUGCUGAUUCCUUCAAAUAUUUAUUUGACAUGGUUUUACUGUGAACAUGGAUUCACAGAGACAGCACACCGUACUGCUAGAAGAAAAUAUGCUCCUUUAAAAUACGUAUAUUUAAAAUGUAUAUUCUCAUACCAGCUAUUGCCUUAGUGGGGAUUCCUGGCACUGAAAGUAAAUUGAUUGGAGAUACAAAUGGUUGGAUGUGGGAAGAGCCUGUAGGGAGGUUAUAAACUCCUUCUUAAAUCUUGAAGGAGGGUGACAGAGUAGUCGUGCUGGGUGGUGAGGAAGGGAGCUCACUCUCUGUCUCUGCUACUCAGAGCUCGUUUUGCGAUUGUUUUGUGAUCACUCACUUUUUUAACCUCGUUAAUGCCCGAUUUAUGUAUAAUAGCAAAAAGGGGAGAUGAGGGCGAGAUACACAGAAUCAUUACAGUAAUCAACUAAGGUUGAAGCUGGCUUUGAGACACCUGUUUUUUAUCCAAUGUAAAUAGUUUGCAAUAGCAGCAUAACAAUACAUUUCUACAGAUUGCUUGCUUUGCUAUGGACCGUAUUUAAUUUUGGUUAAAAGAAAGCUGUAUAAAGUCUGUAGACAACAUUUACUUUCUUUGGCAACCAUAAAGGACAAGCAUUCCUUUCAUCCAUUUCAUUUUUGGUCUAUUAAAACCAUUCCAUUAAUAAAGGAAUUUAAUUUGA